AUAGAUCAGUCUCAUCGGGAAUAUUUUCGGAGACGGGAUCAGAGCGGCUCUGGACGGCGGUGAUGUCGGCGGCUGCUGAUGUGAUUGACAGCCGGUAAGGAUCUUGAGGGUCCGUGACCUCUCACAUGUGAUGCUGAGGAGCCUUCAGUCAGUAUUUCUCCUAUAUACAGGAUUACAGAGCAACACGGUGCCUUGGAACUGGGGUGUAAUGAUGAGACCGGAGCGAGAGAGGAUCCGCGCGAGAGAGCAUGUUUGGGUAACCUGACGGUCGGAUUGAAGCUUCAGCGACACACAGGUGGGCUUUGAUCCUCCGGACACGGAAACGGAGGGAUCUGUGGGAGUAAUCACAUCAGUAGCAUCACCACACUGGAUUCACGUGUCAUUGAAUUGAUCACGCCGCCGUUUCAAUGUCAUAAUGGACAAGUUGCAUUCGUCCAUGCGUAAAAGGCUCUACAGUUUGCCACACCAAAAAGCUGCGAUCAUGGGUGAUGCUGAAGAAGCGGACAAGGACACCCGGAGGAAGAGUAUCCGAAUGAAGCCGCUGCCUUCGCCCACCUCGCCGGGAGGCACCGGGGACACCAAAAGCGCAGAGUCCGCGAUCAUGGAGACGGACAUCGGGAGAUCCGCCAAAACCAGCUCCAACGGGGACUGCCGGAGAUUCCGAGGCAGCCUUUCGUCCAUCACCGGUCGGCACGUCCACGACUCGGAUGCAGCGGAGGAGAGGCGUCUGAUCACUGACGGUGAGGUGACCCCGGGCGAGGAGAGCCCUCCUGGAGCCGCGGGCGGCGGCGCCGGUGUCGGUCGGCAACAGGAGGGCAGCCCGGAUCAGCCGGCGGGCUUUAUAAAGCUGGAGGGCAUCGAUCAGAUUUUACCGGACGACGAGAGGUAUUAUCAAGCGGGCUUCAUGCACAGGCAGUUGGGGGCGAUGCUGCAGCCCGGGGUCAACAAGUUUUCCCUGCGGAUGUUUGGCAGCGAGAAGGCGGUGGAGCGGGAACAGGAGCGAGUCAAAUCCGCUGGAUACUGGAUAAUUCACCCAUACAGUGAUUUCAGGUUUUACUGGGAUCUGACCAUGCUGCUGCUGAUGGUGGGAAAUCUGAUCAUCAUUCCCGUGGGCAUCACGUUCUUCAAAGACGAGCACACGCCUCCGUGGAUCGUGUUCAACGUCGUCUCCGACACCUUCUUUCUCAUGGACCUGGUGCUGAACUUCCGAACCGGGAUCGUGAAGGAGGACAACACCGAGAUCAUUCUGGAGCCUCAGCAGAUCAAGAUCAAAUAUCUGCGCUCGUGGUUUGUGGUGGACUUCAUCUCCUCCAUCCCCGUGGACUACAUCUUCCUCAUCGUGGAGACGCGGAUCGAUUCAGAUUUCUACAAGACUGCGCGCGCCCUGCGGAUCGUACGCUUCACGAAGAUCCUCAGCCUGCUCAGACUGCUGCGGCUCUCACGAUUGAUACGCUACAUUCACCAGUGGGAGGAGAUUUUUCACAUGACCUAUGAUCUGGCCAGUGCAAUGGUGCGAAUCGUCAAUCUGAUUGGAAUGAUGCUGUUGUUGUGUCAUUGGGACGGAUGUCUUCAGUUUCUGGUGCCGAUGCUGCAGGACUUCCCCGCUGACUGCUGGGUCUCCAAGAACAAGAUGGUGAAUGACACGUGGGGUCAGCAGUACUCGUAUGCCCUCUUUAAAGCCAUGAGUCACAUGUUGUGUAUCGGUUAUGGGAUGUAUCCUCCCGUGGGCAUGACGGACGUGUGGCUCACCAUCCUCAGCAUGAUAGUGGGCGCGACGUGCUACGCCAUGUUUGUCGGUCACGCCACGGCUCUGAUCCAGUCUCUGGACUCCUCACGCAGACAGUAUCAGGAGAAGUAUAAACAGGUGGAGCAGUACAUGUCCUUCCAUAAACUGCCCGCUGACAUGAGACAGAGGAUUCACGAUUAUUAUGAGCACAGAUACCAGGGCAAGAUGUUUGAUGAAGAGAGCAUUCUGGGAGAACUCAAUGAACCCUUGAGAGAGGAGAUCAUAAACUUUAACUGCAGAAAGUUGGUGGCAUCCAUGCCGCUGUUCGCCAACGCCGAUCCUAACUUUGUGACGUCGAUGCUCACCAAACUUCGCUUCGAGGUCUUCCAGCCGAGAGAUUACAUCAUACGAGAGGGAACCAUCGGCAAGAAGAUGUACUUCAUCCAGCACGGCGUGGUCAGCGUUCUCACCCGGGGAAACAAAGAGACCAAACUGUCAGACGGCUCAUACUUUGGAGAGAUCUGUCUGUUAACCCGCGGCAGACGCACGGCCAGCGUCCGGGCAGACACGUACUGUCGUCUGUAUUCUCUGUCUGUGGAUCACUUCAAUGAAGUCCUGGAGGAAUAUCCCAUGAUGAGGAGAGCGUUUGAGACCGUCGCUGUGGAUCGGCUGGAUCGCAUCGGCAAGAAAAACUCUGUUCUCCAGCACAAGGUCCAGCAGGACUUGACUUCAGGUGCUCUGAACUAUCAAGAGAGUGAAAUCAUUCAGCAGAUCGUUCAACACGACCGAGACAUGGCCCACAGCCCGUCUCCUCCCGCCCCGUCCUCGCCCACACCGGUCAUCUGGGCUCCUCUGAUUCAAGCCCCUCUGCAGGCCGCCGCCACCACCACGUCUGUCGCCAUCGCGCUGACUCACCACCCUCACCUGCCCGCCGGACUUUUCAGACCCACCGCUGAGAGAAAAGAGCCCAGCGGACACCUGAAGACCCUUCAGCUGGGAGACACCGGAGACUCUCCGUUCAGCUUUCCCUCAAAGCCUCGGGUGGGGAUCGAUAGUCCCGUUCUCUCUUCCCUCCGGACGCGGAACCUGUCAGGUGGCACGACAUGGAGCAGUCAGCAGGUGUGGGACAGCACCUCUCCGCCCGCCUCUUCCUUUCCAUUCGGGAGCUUUUCCUCGUCGCCGACAUCCGGCAGCGCGCAGCUUCAUUCACAACCCGUUCCGUCAGGACUUCAGAAAGGGCCGACAGGAGGAAUUGCAGCGACGGGGUGUUCUGGGAUCUCGGUGGAUGUCUUCGGUCGCGCCCCGAUCCAGCUGUCACACGGACAGUCCCCACAGAAACCAUUCACCGGGUUAGGAAAAACCACCACCCUCUUCCACACGCCUCCACCUUCUUCAAUCCAGCCCCGCGACAAUCCUCUCUGUGCGUUAGCCCACAUACAGUCCAGUUAUCUUCCUCACGUGUCUUCAGAGAGGUCAGCUCUGGCGUCUCUGGCUCAGUACGGUUCAGCGAACGGCUCGCCCUGUUACACCCCUCUCGCCCCAAGCCCGACCCUUCAGAGUCCGGUAACGGGGAGGACUUUCCAGGACAGCGACGUGUCCAGCGCUGACGGAUCUCACACGUCUCUCCUGUCACCCCAGACCUCGUAUCCGGGUCAGCUCCCGGGUCAUCACGCUCUUGGGCCGGACUCUCCUCUGAGACGCUUUUAUGAGGAUCUCAAUAUACUGUCCGGUUCCCAUCAGUCUUCGGAGGGGACGCGGGCCACGGGACGCUCCUCACCCGCGUACUGCCUUUCCCCAUAUUCAUCACCGACAGCCAAACCCUGUAGCUCUGUGUCGGGUCACGUGACUGCUUUAGGAUCUGUAGGGACGUCACCGGUGCUUCCUCGCCCACGGGGGUCUGACGCCCACCCGUCCGACCCGCCUCAAUCUAAACUUCCCUCAAAUUUGUGAGGUUGAAUCGCACCCUCCUGUCCGUCCUGACGGCGUCUCUCGUGUGGUUUAUUUCUUUGUCUCUGUAUAUCAACACUGUGUUUGAAUCAGUUCUCAAUGUUACUGUGAUUUUACCGCCAUGACCUUUAGAUUGUUUCUCUUUUGUUUUUGUUUGUUUUUCACUCAUGAUUAUAUUCGUUAUAAAUAUGGAGUUAUACAUUUAAACAUAUGUUAUUCGGUCUUUAGGAGGGUGUGAAGUGUUACAUAUAUUCAAAUCUUAAGGACAUGUGGUUAUUUUCUAGCAAUGCCGGGGCGUUUGAAACAGACAGAACACAAGACUGCUCCGCAGGGAUCUAUGCACUCUCAGUCCGGCGUGUAGAAUCAGAUUUUUGUGUGUUUGAGAAGAUUUUAUUCACUUCACGCAGAUCAUAGAUCGAUGAUCUGGACAGUUAGAAGUUGUGUUUGUUAUUGUACAAACCUUCCAAGGUGUAGACGAUAGAAAAACCAAAAAGAUGUUCAGUCCAUGUUGUGUUGAGUUUUUUGGGUUGAAUGAUGUUGAGAUGUGUGAGCACUGAGUGACAGCAGAAUCAAAAAACACUCAAUUAAACAUCAAUGACAUUUCAGCCCUGCAGUGUGUGUGUGUGUUCGUGCGUGUUUGUCUGUGUGUGAUUUUGUGCACGUGUGCAUGUGUGCGUGUGUGUGUGUGUGUG